AUGAGUACUCCUAAUUCUUCGAGUGUGUCUACUCCGACCACUUCCCCCAUAUCUCCUGCUCAGCCUCUCUCGAAAAACGUUACUUUUGGAGUGGUUACUCAGAAGGGUUCUUCGUCUGCGUAUAGGCGUUCUUCCGUAGGCACCCAGCCACCGUCCUUUCGUGCCGGUGCAUUUAGUUGUAUAAAUGAAGGUUCUUCUUCUUUGGCAGCUGCAGCUGGUUCAGCUGGUGCUGCUGCUUCGCAUUCGACUUCCGGUUCGGCUUCCGGUUCGACUUCUGGUUCGUUUAAUCAGCCUGUGAUUCCUCCUCCUAUUCCAGAGAGUCUCCCUACAACACCAGGCUACGAACUCAAUGGAACCUCAUAUUUUGACAUGCCAGGUAAGGACAGCUUUGCGUUACCCCAGCAACAAACGGUGCUGGCAUCGGUUAAUGACGAUGGAAACUCAUCAAAUACACAUCUCGAGAAUGUAAGUCAAGGUCUUACUUUAGAAAACUCUUUCCGUAACAAAUGGAGACUCGUGGCAUCGAUCAUUUUUGCUAUGAGUGGCGGUUUGUCGGACGGUGCUCCUGGUGCCUUGUUGCCUCGAAUGGAAUCCUACUAUGGUAUCAAUUAUACUGUGGUGUCGUUGAUUUGGAUAUCCAAUGCUAUUGGUUUCAUUGUCAUUGCCGUCUUUUCACAUAAAUUGGAACCUAUACUUGGUUCCAGAAAUUUGCAAAGCCUUGGGUGUGCCUGUUUGAUUAUCAUGUAUUCGAUGGUUUGUUCUGCACCGGCUUUCCCUGUGGUUGUGGUGGCUUUUUUCUUUGGAGGAAUUGGUCUUGCUACAAAUUACUCCUUCCAAAACUUAUUUUUGAGCAGGUUUGAGAAGUCUUCAAUCUAUUUGGGCUUUUAUCAUGGUUCUUACGGUUUUGGUGCUUGCGUUGGACCUUUGGUGGCCACUGUCAUGGUUAAUCAAGGUGUUAAAUGGAGCUAUUUCUAUUGCAUCAUGUUGUGUUUGUCUGCUUUUAAUAUGGUGAAUCAGUUUCUAGCUUUCAAAGGUUAUGAGAAAGAGUUCAGGGCUUGGGAAUCCGAUGAUCCUCUCGUUGAGCGAAAUGCUUCGACACCAGAAGCUGCGGAAGUUACUGUUGGUAUCAAGAUGGUAAAACUCAAUACAAAGAAUAACGCUGGUGCGUCUAGCGGAGAGGCUCGUGAAACCACUUUUGAGGAUGUUAACCCUGAUACACGUCUGGAAGGGCGUUCUGUAGGAAUCGAGGAGCUUCAUGCUGCUCUUAAAACACCGAUAACUUGGUAUUUGGCCUUUUUCGUACUUUUUUAUCAGGGUGCAGAAGUGUCUAUGGGAGGUUGGAUUGUCACUUUCUUGGAAGUUUAUCGCCACGGAAGUACCAGAAAUACCGGUUAUGUGGCUUCAGGUUUCUGGGGUGGUUUGACCAUCGGCAGAUUAUUUUUCACUCCAAGCAUUCAUCGAUUUGUUGGAGCCAAGCGUGGCAUCUCUAUUCUUAUAGUUGUCUCAUUGAUUUGCUGUACUCUCGCAUGGGUUUUACCGGUUCUAAUCGUCGAGGCCGUGUUUGUGGCAUUGUUUGGUCUAUUUACAGGUCCAAUUUAUCCGUUGAUGAUCACCGUUGCCGUUCGUAUUUUACCUAGAAAGAUUCAGGUUAUCUCUAUGACUAUCAUCACUGCCUUGGGAUCUUCUGGUGGUGCCAUAUUCCCAUUUCUAGUGGGUCUUAUCUCGCAAUUUGCUGGUACCUAUGUCGUGAUGCCCUUUAUACUAGGACUAUUAUCUUCUGCGCUUGUUCUAUGGUACCUUCUACCAAACCCUGACCGUCUGGUAAUCAGGUAUAUUUGGCAAAGGAUAUGGUGA